AGCAAAGAUGUUUGGAAAUCAACAAUGGAAAUGCUGAAAAAGUGUUCGAAUGCAGAGAAACCGCUUGAUAUUUCAGAUACUGAUGGCCCUUUGAUCACCGAAGUAGGCAUAACCAUAGGAGAUCACCUCGAAAGUGUGCCAGUAGAACCUCAGGAAGAAAUGGCGGAUGGCCUGGACAGUCUGGAUUUAGUAGUUGAUAGCUUUUGGCACAUGUUUUCCUUCGCAUUUGGAACUUGUUAUCCAUUUAUGACCAAUAAGGCUACAGAAUCUGCUCUGCUAAAACAUGCAUUUUUGAAAGAUUUUAUGGAUGACUUGAUGUUCCGAUGGAGAGAGGGAGGAAGUCCACCCAUGUUGUACGGACCCAUAUUUGGCGAAAUAGACUUGCUCCAAGCAAUUGUUAACAGUCGAGCCUGCGUCACCGCGGCCUAUCUCGACAAUCAACUCGAUGACCGGCAGCUCAUUCGACCGCUGGAACUCUCAGGUCACAAUGACUCCUUUCCUGAGUACAAUGAGGGGCUGGGAUUUAGUUACUAAAUUAAUACUGCAAAUCGUCCCAUUUUGUUGCAUGUCUUUAAGGACAAUAAAAUAAGGAGACUGAUUUUUAAUUGGAAUAACUUGACAAUUUUAUAAUUUAGCCACACAGUGCAAAAUUCUUUAAAGAAUGUAGGUUGACUAAGAGUCAAUAGGCUAAACCUGAAAUAAAAAAGUGAAUAAUA